AUGACCACCCCCAACGACUUGUCCUCGGGAGUCUCCCUUCGACCCCUCUCUGUCCCUACCCCCCCUUCCCGUCCGUCCAUUAUUAGACCAAAGAAUACUCCCACAGAUGCCAAUCCUUGUAAUUUAGACGUAGAGAGACUCAUAGAAUUGGGUUCGGGUACAAUUUUUUGGAAACCAACCUCAGUUCGUUGGGAGGACGAUGGAACCUCGAAUCAAGAAAGUUCGCUGGCCAUGCUGCUAGAUUGGCUCAACCAACCCAGCAAUUUUGAUCGAUUUCGUAACGGCUACGAGCAGUAUGAUCAAAAGAAGGCCUCAGUAUUGUGUGCUCAGUAUUUAUUUGGACAAAGAUGUCUUACUUUGAGAAGUUGGACUGCGAUUCGAAGGAAGAUUAACUCUCUCCACAGUCUAUGGGCUAAAGCCUGGGCCGAUCUCCAUGCUACGGGAAACGGUCAGGAUGGUCGCAAGCUAAAAGAUGCGAGGCCAGAGAAUAGAGAAGUGGUUCUUGAAUCGGUAUUGAGUAAGAUCCCUUCUAUCCCUUCUCCUCUCACCUCUGGGCGCUUUUUCUCUGUCUUUCAUUGA